AUGACUCUCCCAGAUCAGAGUAAUUUAGUAAGAUGGGGUAAAAGUACCGAAAAAACUUGCUAUAUCUGUGGAAAGGCAGUUGGAACUGCUAAGCAUCUGCUGGUGGGAUGUAAGGUACUCCUUGACAGCGGUCAAUACUCGCGUCGUCACGAUAGGGUUCUAGAAGUCAUACGUAAAGCGGUUAGUCUUUCGGUAGCCAGAGCGCAAAAGGGAAUAACCACAAACGAACGAUCAGUAGGUUUUGUGAGAGAAGGCUCUAGGGCUACAAAAUCAAACGUCAAGCCUUACUCCAUCCUUAAAGCGGCGUCGGAUUGGACUAUAAUGAUGGACACGUAUGAAAAACAAUAUAAAAUCCCCGAGGAUAUUUGUGCGUCGGCCUCCAGACCGGAUAUAUUUUUGUUUUCGCGAAUUUUAAAGCGCGUAGUGAUGAUAGAGCUUACGGUCCCUUGGGAAACCAACAUCCCCAAAGACCAUACCAUCAAGGUCAACAAAUAUUACGAGCUCACAAACGAACUCACUCGAAAUAGGUUCGUAGUAGAUUUGUACGCGGUAGAGGUGGGAGCGAGAGGUAUAACAGCGAAAUCUCUCUAUAACCUACUAAAGGACUUGGGCUUGUCCAGAACUCACAUUAAUGCAUUCUUGGAACGUACAUCGAAGGCAGCCCUAGUAGGUUCUUUUCAAAUUUGGUUAGGUAGGGAGAGGAGCUUGGACAGUGGAGGUGAGCGUAUAACUCGCGUUAGUUAA